AUGGCCGAAAACGCCUCCUCCCCCUAUGAGUAUGAUGGAGACUACGAGGAUGACUCUAGCUUGGAGGCCGGCACCAAGCUGCGUGGCACCAUGCACGUGGUCUCCAUGGUGAUCUAUUCCAUCGCCUUCGUAUUGGGAGUGAUGGGCAAUGGGCUGGUCAUCUUCAUCACCGGCUUCCGGAUGAAGAGGACGGUCAACGCCAUCUGGUUCCUCAACCUGGCCGUGGCCGACUUCAUCUUCACCUUCUUCCUCCCCCUUGGCGUGGCCUAUGUGGCCUUGGGCUUCCACUGGCCCUUUGGCCGGGCCUUGUGCAAGAUCAACACCACUGUGGCCUUCCUCAACAUGUUCGCCAGCGUCUUCCUCCUCACCGCCAUCAGUGCCGACCGUUGCGUCACUGUGGCCUGGCCAGUCUGGGCCCAGAACCACCGCUCACCCCGGUUGGCCUCCCUGGUGGCUGUGGCCGUGUGGUUGGCAGCCUUCGCUCUCAGCUGCCCCUAUGUGGUUUUCCGGGACACUGGGAGCUCCCCUUUUCAGGAGAACGUCACCCACUGCUACAACAAUUACGCCCUGUCAGAUGGCUUCCAGGGGGAGGAGAUGGCUGGGCUGAGGGAGAGCCGGCACUGGGCCGUGGUGCUGACCCGGUUCGUGGCUGGCUUUCUGGUGCCAUUUGCCGUCAUCCUGGCCUGCUACAUGGUCAUCGCGGCCAAGAUGAGGAGGAACCAGCUGGCCCGCUCUGGCAGGCCCUACAAGAUCAUGGUAGCCGUGGUGAUGGCAUUCUUCCUCUGCUGGUUCCCCUACCACGUCUUCUCCUUCCUGGAGGUGUCAGUCACUGCGGUGACGCCCCAGCUCCAGUCGCUCCUGGCAGUGGGGAUCCCGCUGGCCUCAGGCCUGGCCUAUCUCAACAGCUGCCUCAACCCCCUCCUCUACGUCUUUGUGGGCCAGGAUUUCAGGGAGAAGCUCCGGAGCUCGGUGCUGUCAGCCUUCGAGGGCGCCUUCAGCGAGGUCUCCGGCCAGUCCUCCCUCCCAGCCAGCAAGAGCAAGGCCAGCGCCGAGGCUGAGUGUUACCUGGUGUAGCGGGGACGGGCUGGCUCAGGGGGCCUUUCCUCUCUAGGGGCACCGGCUCCCAGCUGGCCAAAGGGGGGUCAGGGAAUGGGACCUAUUGUUACCAGCUUUGCCCAUUACUUUAGGGCAUGCUCAUUUAUUGGGUUUACUCUUCUGGGGGGAGGAGGGAGAUU